AUGACGUGGCCCAAUCUUUUCCGCAGACGCACCAAGAAUACUACGACUUGCUGGGGCUACGAGUUCGAAUGGACGGACGGACAUAUCACUCCUGAACAGUCCGAGCCUUUGAAGCAUUCCUAUGACGUAUUGGGAGAAGAGUGUCUAGACCGACUGAAUGUCAUCUCUCCACCAGCACCAGGAACACUACCACGAAAUAAUAAUGAAAGAAUAACAGUACCAUUGAUACAUGAAACAGAAGACCAGAAGAAAGAACCACUAACGCUACUCAAGCGGGAUCUUUACGCUCUCCUUGAAGAGCAUCACGCAAUCGAUGCGAAGCUUGAUGAGUUGUGGCAACAGAUACAGACAGUCCCAGAGUGGGUAGAUUGGGAACAAAUCGAAAGAGGACAGAACGUAUUCUAUCGAUAUGGGGGUCCAGCUUUUGUUGGACUCACCUACCAAUCACUACUGGGUGGUAUGGGAGCUGCACGAGUGGUUGAAACACUGGCCCGAACCGGAGGAUUCAGCACAAAGGUAGCAAGAGGACGACUUUUUGAAACCACGCAGCACAUUCUCCAAUGUACACGAUCUCUAGAGGGAAUUAAACCAGGUGGAGAAGGACAUGCGUCGUCAGUGCGCGUCCGUUUUCUACAUGCCGCAGUCCGUCAACGGAUCAUGAAAUUAGCAAAGUCACGGCCAGAGUACUUCAAAGUUGCAGAUUGGGGCGUUCCCAUCAAUGACCUGGACUCCAUUGGUACAAUUAGCACGUUUUCUGCGACCUUGAUCUGGCUGAGCUUCCCACGUCAGGGCAUUUACCUACACCAGCAAGAAAUUGAGGACUACCUCGCAUUGUGGCGUUACAUUGCAUAUAUCAUGGGUACACCAGACGACUGGUUUUCCUCGCCAAAUAAGGCAAAGGCUAUCAUGGAGUCACUGCUGUAUUAUGAAGUCAAGCCUUCAGACAUGUCCAAGACUAUGGCCAACAACAUCAUCUACGCGCUGAAAGAGGAACCACCAACUUUCGUUUCAGCAGAUAUGCUGACUGCCAGUGCGCGUUGGCUCAAUGGCAACGAACUGUGCGACCAGUUGGGUCUUAAGCAGGUAUCUUUAUACUACUGGUCACUCAUGGCUGGCCAAUGCCUCUUCUUCAUGGUGUACUGCUAUACCUAUCGGCUCUUCCCAAAUUGGGAUAAGCAGCGGAUCGAUCGUGCUAAGGAGAUCUUUUGGCACGUCAUCGUCAAGGCCAAGUGGGGUCUUGCGGGCGCGGAGACAAACUUCGAUUUCAAGUAUGUACCGCAGUACGACACGUUGACUAACUUGGGCGACAUCGGUGAGAGGAAGCUGAAGACCUCCAGCAUCGAGAUGAGGAAUUUGAAGAUGUUUGGUGCAGAUCACAUAUUGAACAAUCUCCCUUCACCUCUUGAUUCACCGUCACCAUCAGUGGAACCUGAUGAGCCUCUGCUGUUGCCCUACCAGUAUCGCACUAAUGGUCCGUGCUGUGUGUAUGCUACCUAUAAGCCCUCCAAACGCUGCUUCCACUUCCAAAACAACCCAAAUCUGCAGGUUUUUCAGUCAGAUUCUCCCACAAUGCGCGACCGCACUUUUCCCCAGAACACAGAUCAAGAUGGCGCCCGCGACUUUUCAGAGUUUUGGAAUCAUUCCAAACACAGCGCCUCUGAAUCAACACUGCAGUCAACGAUGGCCUCACCCAUUUGCACGACCAAUGACACCAACAACAUGCAUUCUCCCUCUCCUAGCCAAACAGAUGAGCCGAAGGGAACAUGUUUCUUCUGGUACCACGGCCAAUGUAGCAACGUUGACAGGUGUCAAUUUGAACACAACAUGGACAUUGCAUUGCCCAUCGUAGCGCCACCCGGCUUCACACACUUCGUGCCGUGUCAACUGCAAUUCUGUCCGUUGAGGAGUGAUUCUGUAUUACUCCAUGAUCAGGAUGGAAAACAUCGGAAGAAGCUAGGACCUGGAGAUAUGGCUGAGGAAACAGUUUCUAGCUCUGUUUCAGAUCGGGAAUACGCCAGCUCAAGCGAUAUGGAUAUAUCAUGUGAUGACAGUGAUGACCCCGCUGUGUCGCUCUGUUACUCUAGAACAAUAUCGAAGCGUCGCCACACUUCGCCUUCACCCGUGACACAACGAAAACGCGCACAUCGAGACUCACCAGUACUUUCUCCUACUACCAACACUAUCAGCACUGCCAAUGAGUCAUUGAGGAUAAGUCAGCUUGAAGAUCCCUCACACCAUCUUCCGCCCAAACCAGGACCAGGCGGCAUAACUGACUGGGCUCAACAUCCACCUGCUCUCGCACCCGAGCUGUCAAGGCUACAAUAUGCGUCAUUCGUACCUCACAAGCGCCAAAUCUGCUUCUCCUACUAUCACCAUGGUGUUUGUCAUCAUCGCCAGCGUUACCAGGGAAAGUGUAAACAUAUGCAUUCCCAUCCCCCACCCGGCGUGAAGGUUAACCUACCUCGCUAUGUGUGGGACCAUAGAGAACAUUGUUCCCUGCCGCUUUGUCCAUUCCACAUUGCGCUUGAAAAGCGGUUUCAAAAGGAUCGUCAAAAACUACCGAACGGUAUGGGAUCAACGAUCAAGGCUGAGUUACAGGGGGAACACGGUUCGGAUACGUCUUUGCAUCCAGAUCACGGCAACCCUGAUGGUAGCGAUACGCGUGUGAAGGAGAACAUGAGAUCAAACCACCAGGUCAAAAAAAUGGAUGACGAAUCUGUGAUCAAAGAAGAGCAAUCAGCGGAUAAUGACGUGAGGACGAAGUCGGACAGUUAUGAGAUGGACAUGAAGACAACUUUGGUAUACCGUGGAAAGCACUACAAAGCCCUUCACGACGCCGAUCUUCCCGCACAGACUUCACAUCUGUUAGCAAUGUCGCAGAAGCGGCAAGACAGCCAGCUCUAG